UCAAAAUGUUUAUAUUAUUUUUGAAAAGGGAGGUGCUGAGAUCUCCUUUCCGCCUGAUUGGCCGAACUUGACAGUGAUUGACGUGCAUCCAUGGCAACCGGGCAGCCAAUCUGCCAAGUCCAAUAGGAAAUCAUCGGAGGGGGCUUGACUGUCUUUUUCUCCCCCCUUAAAAAAUACAUCUCGGCUCCGGCUUUAAUUCUUUCGUACUUCCAAUCCCAGCCUACCUUGAAAAAUACAUCACGGCUCCGGCUUUAAUUUCCUCGCACCUUCAGCCCUUUGCCUGCCAAGUUUGCCAAGCCCGAGGAUGCGGUAGCCGGCCCCCACGCAGCAUCGGUCCUCCUCCGCGGUGUUGUGUUGUGUGCGCGUUUUUCACGGCUGGUCAGCCGAUUGGUUCGGUAACUUUGGGAUUGCCUUGUUUUUUGGGUGCCUUGGACUGCCUUGGCGCACGGAGAGCAGAAACAGGAGGACCCGACGCGGAGGAGAGAGAGAGAGAGGAGAAAGGAGGGGGAGAGGGAAACACAGGAGAAGCCUCCAUGUUUCAGCUGCCCAUCUUGAAUUUCAGCCCCCAGCAGGUCGCCGGGGUCUGCGAGACUCUGGAGGAGAGCGGGGACGUCGAGCGCCUCGGCCGCUUCCUCUGGUCGCUGCCCGUCGCGCCAGCGGCCUGCGAGGUCCUCAACAAGAACGAGUCGGUGCUGAGGGCCCGGGCCGUCGUCGCCUUCCACACCGGCAAUUUCCGUGAACUCUACCACAUCCUGGAGAACCACAAGUUCACCAAAGAGUCGCACACGAAGCUGCAGGCGCUGUGGCUCGAAGCGCACUACCAGGAGGCGGAGAAGCUGCGGGGACGCCCGCUGGGGCCGGUGGACAAAUACAGGGUGCGGAAGAAGUUCCCCCUACCCAGAACCAUAUGGGAUGGAGAGCAGAAAACCCACUGCUUCAAGGAGAGAACCCGGCACUUGUUACGAGAAUGGUAUUUGCAGGAUCCCUACCCGAAUCCCAGUAAAAAGAGGGAGCUUGCACAGGCUACAGGACUUACACCCACACAAGUAGGAAACUGGUUCAAAAAUCGCAGACAAAGAGACAGAGCAGCGGCUGCGAAGAACAGGCUCCAGCAGCAGGUCCUGUCCGGCGGCUCGGUCCGCUCCCUGGCAGACGAGGACGGCACCGUGGACCGCCUGGGGAACUCGUCCAGUCCGGAGGCCAGUCUGUCCAGCAAAGCAGCCGCCUCGGCCAUCUCCAUCACCUCCAGCGACAGUGAAUGUGACAUCUGACGGGCAGAUCCACGGUGUUGAUGAGUUAAAGAGGGAUACGAGUGAAAGACAAUCCAAUAAAACAAGUCAUAGUGCCUGCGUUGAGUUAAACACACACACACAUACACACACACAUGAACUGAUAUUUGACGGGUGCCAAAACAAGAGGGGAUCUGUGAUCUGCGGCGGACUGCCCGUCCUUUUCCUUUUAGGCCUACAUUUUUUUUGUUUGCGUUUUACCCACGUGCGGAUAACUGAACUUAAUACGGAAGACACAUAUUUGACGGACUAAUAAACCAACGCCCCGAGAUGAAAAGUAAAAAAAGAAGAAAACAAUUACAACAAAAAAAGAAGGGAUGAAGGCAUCCGAACG